AUGAGUGAUUCUCCCAAGUCCCAGCUAACGCAACUCCAAAAUUACUACCUUGUGGCUGACUUUAACAGUCCAGAAGAAAGCUUGUUUCUAAGGAUUGUGUCUGCGAGUCAGGAUUCCCGAUCCAGAGACAAUGGCCCCGAUGGAAUGGAGCCUGAAGGCAUCAUCGAGAGCAACUGGAAUGAGAUUGUUGACAGCUUCGAUGACAUGAACCUCUCAGAGUCCCUCCUCCAUGGCAUCUAUGCCUAUGGUUUUGAUGUGAUCGCUCAAGCCCAAUCUGGGACAGGAAAAACAGCCACUUUUGCCAUAUCAAUUCUGCAACAGAUUGAAUUGGACCUAAAGGCCACCCCAGCCUUGGUCCUGGCACCCACUAGAGAAUUGGCACAGCAGAUAUAGAAGGUAGUCAUGGCUUUAGGAGAUUACAUGGGUGCUUCCUGCCAUGCCUGCAUUGGAGGUACCAAUGUGCAUGCUGAGGUGCAGAAGCUGCAGAUGGAAGCUCCUCAUAUCAUUGUGGGCACCCCAGGCCAUGUGUUUGAUAUACUUAACCGCAGAUACCUGUCUCCCAAAUACAUCAAGAUGUUUGUACUGGAUGAAGCUGACGAAAUGUUAAGUCGUGGAGUCAAGGACCAGAUCUAUGACAUAUUCCAAAAGCUCAAUAGCAACACCCAGGUGGUUUUGCUGUCGGCUACAAUGCCCUCCGAUGUGCUUGAGGUGACCAAGAAGUUCAUGAGGGACCCUAUUCAGAUUCUUGUCAAGAUGGAAGAGUUGACUCUGGAGGGUAUCCGCCAAUUCUACAUCAAUGUGGAACGAGAGGAGUGGAAGCUGGACACACUGUGUGACCUGUAUGAAACCUUCACCAUCACCCAGGCAGUCAUCUUCAUCAACACUCGAAGAAAGGUUGAUUGGCUCACUGAGAAGAUGCACUUCACUGCCUCUGCCAUGCAUGAAGAUAUGGACCAAAAGGAACGAGAUGUAAUCAUGAGGGAGUUUCGCUCUGGCUCUAGUAGAGUAUUGAUUACCACUCACCUUCUGGCCAGAGGCAUUGAUGUGCAGCAGGUUUCUUUAGUCAUCAACUAUGAUCUUCCCACCAACAGGGGAAACUAUAUCCACAGAAUCGGUCGGGGUGGACGUUUUGGCUGUAAGGGUGUGGCUAUUAAUAUGGUGACAGAAGACAAGAGGACUCUAGACAUUGAAACCUUCUACAACACUUCCAUUGAAGAGAUGCCCCUCAAUGUUGCUGACCUCAUCUGAGAGGGGCUGGCCUGCCACCUCACCCCAGCCAGGGUUCAGUCCU